AUGAACAAUAGACCAGCAUUCCAGUGCCCUCAGGGGCAGGACAGCAACAAUCAAGAUGGUAACCAGAACAACGGCGGUAUAAAUCAACAAAGUAGCCAGUUCCACCAGAAUCCGCCACCAGUCUCCAGCAUAUGGGUGCCUUACCUAGGCCCGCAGCAGCAGCAGCAGCCAACAGUUGGUGAUUACAUGCGCAGUCAAUGGAACAAUCCCGCGCCCCACAACCUACCAUAUGGCGCCAGGAAUCUCCCAAUGACAGCCGCGACCCCUGCCAUUCCACCAGCCAUGCUGACAAGAGCUGCACCAGGACAAAACAGCUCUCAGACUACCCGCGUGCAGGCGAGUCGAGGUGGCAACAAUGCGCUCCGACCACCACGUGCUCGCGCUCCUGUUCCAACUUCUGAUCCGCUCAUGAGAGUCCCAGCCAACCAUCUGUUCCCGCAGGUGGCAGAACAGAUUGGCGAAGGACUCGGAUCAGGUCGGAACUGGCUAGUGAUUCGGGUCGGCACCCCAGAACCGGUUUUGCGGGCACCCCUACUCAUUGCACGAUGCAAGAGAGACCCGAUCAACCAACAAAUCAACACGCCAUAUCCCACCGCAAACGACGUCAUUCCUGCCGGCACCUCUCUUCGACAAGUCUGCCAACACUUCCCGAGGCACGUCUGGGGUGAUAUGCUUCGUAUCUUCCUCUCGGAGCAGUGGGAUGCUCGUCGCAUCUGGGAAAUGCUUCCUCCAAACAUGCGCAACAACUCGACCAACCGGCCCUGGAACUAUCUCCAGGCGGCGAUGGGUCGUGAGGUGGACACGAUGAUGCAGGAGGACACCGGUGUUCGACGUGUCCCGUUGAAGAAGGCCAGAACUCCGACUCCAGCUCCAGAGGUGGGCGCCGCGCUACUCCUCAGGGACAGCAACAUGAUCGACGACGUUAACAUGUUCGAUGAGCCUAUCAUGGUCCGUGACGAGACUGGAUUCAUUGGCGACCACGAAGUGCUCGUGGGCCUUGACUGGUCCAACGAGGACACUUUCACCAUCCUCCAGCUUGAAGUGGUGGCGAGGACAUACAAGCAGUGGGCGCUUCAUGCCCAGCGGUGCUUGAUGUCGGUGAAGUACGGUGCAGACGACGAGUCCAGUGUGCGCCGUCUCUAUAAACAACGCCACGCUCAGCGCUUCCUGUGGUGCUCUGAAGAUUACCAGAGACGCUGCGGUCCCUUGCCAACGAGGAACCUGGACGCGUUGGAGAUGCAACGUCUCAGCUGGGAGUUCCUGAAUCCACGCCAGCCAGGUGAGGCUCUCAUCACGUACCGCACCAGAUCCGAAUGGCAUUCCGUGCGAAAUUACGUGGGUGUCGUUCAGAAAUUGUGGGCGGAAAUCGAGAGCGAAUACUGGGAGCUUAUUGGUGUAGAGCCACAAGAGGAAAUGCCUGGGUGGCAUCAGUCAGUCUGGCGUAUUCUGGGACAAUGA